ACACACUCAUCAUGAUGCGGGUCGCGAGUGAUUGCGGCCCACAUGCGCGCUGGGUACAUGGCCGGCAGGAAGCGUGGAUGCAUUUUCUUCCUGCGGUCCAACUUUGUUUUCUCCAGCGGCUGGCACAAGAAGUUGCUGAGCAGCUGGACAAUGGAUGGGACAGCUGGCAGCUUCCCUUCUUUGAGGCCUAUGUGCCUCCGAGGUCAACGCCUGGACCAAUGCUUCAGGAAAGAGCCCAGUUGCCGUCUCCGACUUUUCAAAGUCUGGGAGGCUUGGGACCAACUAACGAACCCGGCUGCACAGUGUGAGCUGGAUACUAUGAGCGGGCGCCAACCAAGCAUGGGACAUCUCAGUGGCUUCAAGGUUUCAAGUGGCUUGGGCCACUCAAAAUCAUCAAAUGGAAAUAGUGGAGGCUUAACCCAUGAACAUGAUGGAACAUGUGGAUUGAGCCUAUAG